AUGGCAGUUCGACUCUUUGAAGAAAAAGCGCAUGCAGCAUGUUACCAAAGGUACAGACUGCCUCCAGCAGAAGAAGUACAAAAUGUAAUCCUGUCUUAUCUAGAGAGAAAGAAAGGGAAGCCCUUUCAGCUUGCAGUAGACGUGGGCUGUGGCACAGGACUGAGUACCAGGGUACUGGCAGUCCAUUUCCAGCAGGUUGUAGGAACAGACAUCAGCAAAGCACAAAUAGAGGAGGCAAAGAAAGUCCCUGGCUUCCCAAAUGUUAUGUACAGCAUUCAUCCAGCAGAGGUAAUUCCAUGUGAGGAUUGCUCAGUGGACCUGGUUGUUGCAGCAUGUUCAGUCCAUUGGUUUGACCUUGACAAGUUUAUGGUUGAAGUAGACAGAGUUCUUAAGCAAAAUGGUUGUCUGGCAAUGUACAGCUAUUGUGUUCAGUUUGAAGUACAUUACAAGAACUGCUCAGAAAUUCUGACUCAGAUUUAUCAAGAGGCACGUGAAUUCUUGUUUCAGUAUGGAACAGAAAAACUAAAAAUUAUUCAGAAUGAAUAUAAAAAUAUCUUUAAUACCCUUACUUGUCCUGAUAAAGAAAGGCUGGACAAUAUACAUGUGUCAUAUACUGUGACUGUUUCAGAGCUGAUCGGACUGCUUUCAUCAGUUUCCAUGUACCAGACAUUCCUGAGAAAGGAUGCUUCAUCAGCCAAGGACCUGCUUCAAAGAACUGAACAGAGGCUACUGGAAACAAUGGGAGUGUCAUCUAAUCAAACUCAAGUGGAACUGAAGCAACGAUACUUCUGUGUUCUAGCCUGCAAGUCAAAGUGA